AUGAGCAAUAUGGCACUCCCAAAGCUUAAGCUCAUCUUCACCCUUUUCUUCCUUCAAACCCUCCUCACAUCCCCUACAUCAAUCCAAGCAGCCCCAGCAAACUCAGAUCUCUUCAGAGAAUACAUAGGAGCUCAAUUCAAGAAUGUCAAGUUUUCUGAUGUCCCCAUUAACCCAAAUGUUGAAUUCCACUUCAUUCUCUCAUUUGCCAUAGACUAUGACACCUCCUCCUCUCCCACCAAUGGAAAAUUCAAUGUCUUCUGGGACUCUGAUAAUCUUAGCCCUUCCCAAGUUUCCUCCAUCAAAAAUCAGCAUUCAAAUGUCAAAGUGGCCUUUAGCCUAGGAGGAGACACUGUGAAUGGUGUCCCUGCUGAAUUCAAGCCUUCCUCAAUUGACUCAUGGGUUUCCAAUGCUGUUUCUUCUCUCACAGGCAUCAUCCAGCAGUACAAUUUGGAUGGAAUUGACAUUGAUUACGAGCACUUCAGCGCAGACCCUGCUACCUUCUCCGAGUGCAUUGGGAAGCUUAUAACAACCCUCAAGAACAAUGGAGUGAUAUCAUUUGCUUCCAUUGCUCCCUUUGAUAAUGACCAAGUUCAGAGCCACUACUUGGCCUUGUGGAAGAGCUAUGGCCACUUGAUAGACUAUGUGAAUUUCCAGUUUUACGCAUACGAUCAGGGAACCACAGUGUCUCAGUUCAUCAAUUACUUCAAGACACAAAGCUCCAAUUACAAUGGUGGGAAGGUCUUGGCAAGCUUUAUCAGUGAUGGGAGUCGUGGACUGUCCCCUGAGAAUGGUUUUUUCACUGCCUGUGACACGCUCAAGAGUGAGCAACAACUUCAUGGUAUAUUUGUUUGGUCUGCAGAUGAUUCCAAGGCAAUUGGUUUCCGCUAUGAAGAGCAAUCACAAAAUUUCUUAGCAACCCCCCACUAG